GCCGCCGUGAAAGCGGCCGGCGGGAGGCGCGGUGCGCAGCGGGGCCAUGGCGGCCUGCGUGCGGCUCGGCGCCGCGGCGGAGGCGCCUCUCCUGGGGCUGGGCACGUGGAAGUCCCCCCCAGGUGAGGUAACAGCUGCAGUGAUGGCUGCCAUUGAUGCUGGGUACCGCCACUUUGACUGUGCCUACGUGUACCAGAACGAGAAGGAAGUUGGGGAUGGGAUCCAGCAGAAAAUCAAGGAAGGUGUUGUGAAACGAGAAGACCUCUUCGUUGUCAGCAAGCUGUGGUGCACGUUUCAUGAAAAGCCUCUCGUGAAGGGAGCCUGCCAGAAGACGCUCGCUGACCUGAAACUGGAUUAUCUGGACCUCUACCUCAUUCACUGGCCUCUUGGGUUCAAGGCAGGAGAGGAGCUGUUUCCCACGGAUGACAAAGGCAUGGCUAUACCCAGCAAUACAGAUAUUCUACAGACAUGGGAGGCCAUGGAAGAGCUGGUGGAUGCUGGUCUGGUAAAAGCCAUUGGAGUCUCCAACUUUAACUGUGAGCAGACUGAAAGAAUCCUGAACAAGCCAGGACUGAAGCACAAGCCUGCAAAUAACCAGAUCGAGUGUCAUCCAUACCUUACCCAGGAGAAGCUCAUAAACUAUUGCCAAUCCAAAGGAAUCACUGUGACAGCAUACUGUCCCCUUGGACGCCCUGACAGGGAUAAGCCAGAGAAUCCUUCCCUUCUGGAUGACCCCAAGAUCAAAGAGAUUGCAGCCAAGCACAAGAAAACCCCAGCACAGGUUCUCCUUCGCUUCCAGAUCCAGAGAAAUGUGAUUGUGAUUCCCAAGUCUGUCACGCCACAGCGCAUUGUGGAGAACUUCAAGGUGUUUGACUUUGAAUUGACUAAAGAGGAGAUGGCAACCCUUCUCAGUUUAAACAGAAACUGGAGGAUCUGUGAAAUGAUCACGUGUAAAAAUCACAAAGAGUACCCUUUCAGUGCAGAAUACUGAAGAUGGCUUUAUCCUGCUCUUCUGCAGGCCUCUGGGGUCUAAUGAGCUUCUGCUGUUGCCUAGAGUUUUCCACUAUGGAGCUUGCACACUGUAUUUUGCCUGCCAGCAAAGGCAUAGUCUGUGUGUUCAGUCACACUGGAUGGGGUUUCUUUCUCUGGUGGAAGGAGACAGUAAAAUUGUUCUGAAGAACAAAAUAUGGGCUGUAAUAAUUCUCUACCCAUUAUGUGAGUGUCAUUGCAUGGCUGAAAUAGCAAAGCAGAAAACACAAAGGAGCAACUAGCAGCUGAUGGCCUUCUGUCCUGCAUCAACACCACUUAAGGCUGCAGGGUAAGGAUAUGUGAGCACAGAAGGAAGAUCCUUCCUGAAAGAAUGAACUGCUUAAUCACUGCCUGAAAGUAGAAGACAACGACUAACUUCUAGAGUAUAGGUUAAAGCUUUCUGAAAAAGAAGAAUAAAAGGGGAAAUGUCCAGACCUAAAGAUUCCUCCCAGCUCAUCCUGGGCCUUAUUUCAGUCACAUUUUUCCAGUAUCAGCCUGUAAAAUAAGAUUAGUGUUCAUUUUAUUCUUAUCCACAAUAAAAAACAUUUAACUUGCAAAAGAAUGUCAUGUCCAA